UCAAUCACUGCCACCAAGUUACAAGAACUUCGUGAUGAACUACAACAUGCAGAACAUGAAUAAAGAUUUACCUGAAAUCUUUUCCAUGCUGAAAUCUGCUGAAGUAGAGAUUAAGAAGGAGAACCAAGUGUUGAUGGUCAACAAGACCACCAGUUUCAAAAAGCAAGGCAAGCCUAACAAGGGUAACUUCAAGAAGGGCGGCAAGAAAGUUGCACCGCAUCCUGAGAAGCCUAAGGCUGGUCCUAAACCUGAGACUGUGUGCUAUUACUGCCAGGGGAAGGGGCACUGGAAGCGCAAUUGCCCCAAAUACUUGGCCGAUCUGAAGAGCGGCCACGUCAAAAAGAAAGGAACUGCGGAAUAGACGAAGCCUGGCGAGAGACGAGGUGACGAUGCGCGUUGGAAAUGGAUCCAAAGUCGAUGUGAUCGAUGUCGGCACACUCCCUCUACAUCUACCUUCGGGAUUAGUUUUAAACCUUAAUAAUUGUUAUUUGGUAC